AUGGGUUCCCCGAGUGGACCCCUCCGCCCACGGGCGUCUUCGAAUUUCAUGGGCAUCCGCGCGACCGGCUUCCCCCUAUCGAUGACGCCCCAAGAGAAGCACCUCUUCUCCGACCGCGUCAACACGGCGACGACGCGCCUGUCCAGCACCAUGGCCGUGACCGAGAACGGCGGCGAGUACGCCUUCGUCGUCUACUUCCACAAGAACACGGCCGCCGACGCCCUCGCCCUGCUGCAGGCCGCAGACAUCCGAGUCAGGGGCCACGAGAUCCAGUUUUCCUGGCACUGA